UUGAUAUAACAGCCGGUUUAAUGAGAAAUCAUCGUAAUUUAUAAAACAUCAUACAUUAUCUCUUGGGGGUCACAGAUAAGAGAAUUUUUAUUUUCCUCAUUUACAUAUAAUUUCAUUAAUUCAUAGAAAUAUAUUUCUUAAUACGGAAUUUGAUUUAAAUAAGCGCGUCGCACAGUUUAUUUGAAAGUCGGAAUUAAACGAGAUAGACCAUUUUUAAUAGUAAUUUUAAACGUUGUCGUAUGUUCUCGAUUUACAAUGACUUGGCUAAGGAUACUUCUUUUACUCCUUCUUUUUGGAUUCAUAAACAUAAGUUACACAAGUGCAAAAAGAUUUUCUUUUUCACGUUCCGGCAGUAGUCGCUCAUCAUCGAGCCAUCGAAUUUCUAGGCCUUCAUCUUCCUCCCAUCCUUCAGGUGGGAGUCAUCCUUCAGGUGGGAGUCAUCCUUCAGGAAGAAAUCAUCCUUCAGGAGGAAAUGCUCCAACUUCAUUUGGUCAUGAAAGUAUUUCCUCGAUAAAUUCAAAACCUUUAAACACUGGACAUACUGGAGGAAGUGCAGUUGUACAUCCACAAUCAAAUAAAGAUAUCAAUACUCCAUUUUUACAUGGCGAAGGAGGGGGCGCAAGCAAACCGAAAACUGAGGUAAAUUAUCCAACUUCUAACAUAGGUUUUAACACGAAUGCAAAACCACCAAUGCCUUAUGCACCAUCAGCUCCAAGUAUACCAGUUCACGAUUCAAAGCCCCUUCUUUCAUCUGCACCACCCCAUGCACCAUCUUUUGGACCCCCUGGUACCCUUGGUAAUCAAGGAACUGGAAUUCCUAUACAUCAACCUCCAAUUGGGUUUAAACCAAACAUUUAUCCUAACAAUAAUGCUCCAAUUGGGUUUAAACCAGAUGUUUAUCCUAACAAUAAUGCUCCAAUUGGUUUUAAACCAAAUCUAUAUCCCAACAACAAUCUCGGUUCACAACCUCCAUACCCUCACAAUCCUUCAUAUCCAUCACAUUCAAUGUCUUAUCCAUCCAUGUCUCACCCGAGUCAAAUAGCUCCUCAUUCUAAUCCUGGAACUCCAUUUAUGCCACCGAUGUCACCACCAUUUGGUGGUCAUUCAAUAAGUUAUCCGCAAGGACAUAAUUACCCACACCAACCUGGUAUUCCACACUAUCCAAAUAUGCAAACUGGUUAUCCAAUGAAUAAUCACUAUGCACCUGGAGGUGGUUAUGUGCCUAGCGGUGGUUAUGCACCUGGACCUGUUCACUAUCCUCAACAACAAGGACAAUAUCUUGCUCAACCUGCAGCACAGCCCUACAUACCAGGACAAACAGUAUUAAUGAUUCCAGGCCAACAAAGUAGCGGCAGAGGUUUUGGUGAUAUGAUUAAGGAAGCUUUGGUAUUUUCAACUAUCAAUGCAGGUGUAAAUAGGCUGAUCAAUCCUCAUCAUCAUUACGAGUCUAGACCAAGUAUCGAAAGUGCGGCUAAUAGCAAUCCUGGUACAACAACGCAUAUAACUUACAACAAUCAGUACUUUAACAAUUAUCCUGGUAAUGGAACGGGUGAGCUAGUGAACCCACAAAAUAUGGGUUCUCCUUUAAAUCCAGUGUAUAAUCCUACUGGAUCAAAUCCACAACAAAGUCCAGCUAUACCGAUGGCUAACUCCGGAGUUUACUAUCCACCAUCUAACAUUCCAAGUACAUCGGAUGGAAAUAAUGCGAGAUUACCGAAUCAAUUAGCUCCAACUGGUAAUUUGACGGGUAUGAAAAAUGAUGAAAAUGUUUACGUUCAAGGAAAUGAUUUUAAGAAGCAAGUAAAUAAUUCAAUUAAUAAUACAGCUGAUGUAUAUCAAUAUUACAUUAGCGAUAAUGAUUUAUACAAAAUAUCGGAAGAAUUAUUUGCCCAAGAAGAAGAUAAUGUAAAUAAAUAUAUAGUAAUGAAUCUACAAGCUCGUUCUACAUCUAGUAACAUAACAGAUGUUGCUGAAAGACCAUUACUCUAUGUACAAUCAGACGCGUACAAUAUUCUAACGAUCAAACAUAUGCGCAUGUUAUAUGAUAAUUAUGAACGUAAUGCAAGCAAAAGGGAAAUAAGAACUUUCGAAAAACGUAUGGAGGAAAAUCUUUUCCUCGAUACUAUCUUGAAUACUAAUGUUAUGCAUACAGCAAUGAAGUGGUUAUCAUCGCGUAGCUUUAUCGAUCCAGACGAUUUCGAAAGAAAAGAUGUCCUACGUCAUAUUUGGUUCACCCAAUUUAGUGGCACCUCCUCAGGAUUUGAACGCGUCUUUGCAUCAGAAAUUUAUGGUGGUACCGAUAUUUUAGGUAUUCAAGAUUGGAUCUACUUCGAUUAUGAAGAAUCAUCCAAAACGAUCAAUUAUAUGGGAUAUACUGAUAAAGUGGAUCUUGGAAACAAAGCUUCACUUGUAAAAUUACAUCUAAAAAUGGACGGUAUCAUCAGACCAAACGUUACGAUAUUCGUAGGUACAACGCCGGAACUUGAAAUGUCUUUAUACACGAUAUGUUUCUAUGCUAGACCAAAUAAUCUUUGUCCGGUAUCACUUGGUAAUACCAAAUUCAAUAUUUAUACUCAUGCCUUCAGAUAUUAUGGGAAAGAUCUUAUUGAUCUUGCUCUGCCAAUCUUUUAAUUCGAUUUAUUUCGCCCCGAUUUUUAAAUAAUAUUAUAAAAAUAAGCUACAUAUUUAUAAGAUAUA